CCCGCGACGCACGCGCGCGCGCUCAGCGCGUCAGAACUCGGAAGUGUGGGCGUCCGGGCGGGCUCUGGGCCGCACCGCGGUGGCAGACCCCGCGAUGGCCCAGGAUCGGGGAUCGGAGGCCCCAGCGCCUCCGGGUUCUCAGACACUUCUGGACGCCCUGCUCCGGAACCUCUACGACUUCGGGGAGACAGAAGAUGAGGCAGAACAGAAAAGGAUCAGAAAGAAGGGAGAAAACAAGAGGAGAGAUGUAGGGACUCCAGUGACCUUGGCAGCAGACCCAGCUCCUGUACCUGGUUCUCCCGUGAGAGGCCAAAGGAAGAGAGCCUCCAGCUUCUUCAAGGAACUCAGGGAAGAGCUGCAGGGUGUUCCUGCUGUGACCCCCACCAGCUCUCCUUCAGGACCAGACGCCCCUAGUGCUACGGCAUCUCCCUCAACACUGAGGAACAGCAGGGAGCGAGUACAAGUGAUAGAAUUUCACAGCAGAAAUAAAAAAAGGAAAGGGAAGCCGGAUCAAGAUGAGAACACACAGACCAAAACUAAUAUCCUUGGGAACGAUGUGGAUAGACAAGAAUUUAACUUAGAGAAGGCUCGCUUGGAAGUGCACCGGUUCGGGAUCACGGGUUACGGAAAAGGAAAGGAAAGAGUCCUGGAACGGGAACGUGCCAUAAUGCUGGGUGCUCAGCCUCCCAAAAAUAGUUAUGUGAAUUACAAGGUCUUGCAGGAGCAAAUCAAAGAAAAAAAGGCAGCAAAAGAAGAAGAAAAGAGAAUGGCCCAGGACACAGAUAUUUUCAAGAAAAAGAAGAGGAAAGGGCAGGAAGACAGGAGAGCCAAAAAGAAGAAAUCAGCUCCCAGUAUUUUGUCAAGUGGACGGAUUGGACAGGUUGGAAAAUUCAAAAAUGGGACACUGAUUCUGAGCCAGGUUGACAUCAAGAAAAUAAAUUCCUCCCGAGUGGCUAAGUGAAGUACUUCGUGACAUAGAGGAACUCUGUACUGGAACUGGACCCCUAUGAGACUUCUAGAUUAUUCUUAAUUUAUUUCAUAUUUUAGAGACUGCUUUUCUAUUUUAGGGGAAAACGUCAAGUAGAAAUAAUAAAAUUUGUACCGGUGAGGUGUGUGUGUUUUAUGGUGAUAAGCGUGCGGUGGGAAGGGCCAAUCGCACUGAGUAUAAUUAUAGCCAGCCUGUUGAAAAGGACAUUUAAUCCUGGCCAGCGAGAUUUAUGCUAGAUUGGCUCUGACUGGUGUUUUGUACCUCUGCAUGUAAUGAUUUUUUAUAAACUUCAUGAUUUACUGAUUUGUAAAUGCUGGUAAUUAGCUUUAAGUUGCCUUUUUUAAUUUUCUAAAAAUGGUGUCCUGUUACUUUGUCAUGAAAGAACCACGUGUGAUAAUUUGUCAGUUGUUUUUGUGGGAAAAGCAGUUUUGAUUUCUAGCCUACCCCGUGCGUGAAAUCUCUGUAAGAAGUUAUGUAAAUAGAACACAGCUUUUGUGGUAUAUGUGACUGUGACAGGUAACACAGCAGAGGAUUUUAACCACACCUACAUGUAAGCUAAUGUCCUCUCCAGAAUAAUCACCGUGGAUGGCUAAACAUAUUUUUUAAAUUAUAUUGCACUUACUGAAAGCGUCUGGAACUUCUCAAAGCUUGUGACCCAUUAAAAACAAAAAGUCUUCAAUGACAGUAA